AUGGGUUCGGCGAUUUCAACACAUAGAACUGACACCUUGGCUCAAAAAGCCAAUGAAUCGUUUGACGAGUGUGAGCUAUUUCGAGGACGACUGCAAUUACGGACAGAAACUGGACAAUGGAAAAAAUAUGACAUCGUAUUUGACGGUUCGCAGAUCACUUGCCCACUUUGGACAAUCCCCAUUGGCGACAUUCUGGUCAUAUCGACACUCAAGUGCAAAAAUCAAUUAUCAUCACAAUGCCUAUGCCUUCGAACCAUCCAUGAUGAUACCAUCUUGCUACGCGGCAAGAAUCCAGAAGAUAUUGAGCGAUGGGCAUUUGUAUUGCAAAAGAUAUGUUCGCUGACCAAAACAGCCAAGGAGUAUAAGAUGAUGCUUGCUAGAAAGCAAAAAUCCACCAAGGACAGUAGUGUGUUAGCUGCCAAACAAUAUGCCAAUACCGUCAAUGGUUCGACGACACAGCGACAGAGAUCACGUUCGACCAAGGCAAGAACAAGAGCUGAACGACGAGCUGAACAAGAACAAGCUGCAGCUACCAUCUUGUUAACGGAAGAAAAAUCAGAAUGGAUCAAUACCUGGAGACAAUCGUUAACCGACGUCGAAAUGGAAAUGCUGGUACCUGAUUUGACGAGCUUACCGGAUGAUGAUGAACGUCUAAGCACCGCGAGUGGCAUGACGAGUAUAUCUAUGCGCGGACGAAAUCAUGCCCUGAAACUAGCACAGGCGGCAGCGGCAGAUAAGACCAAUGAAAAGGCAGCAGACGCUGCUGCAACCCUCAAGGGAUUUAAAAGUUUACCCAACUUGCGACCAAAGUCAUCAUCCAGGGCGCUGGUGACUGAAAGGAGGCGAGGAACAUCCGACCAUCCUAAUAACCGGACCACCACCCACCAACUUCCAGACGGUCAACGAUCUCACCCUAUAAAACUCAAUAUCCUGCUUGGUCCCAAUGAACCGCAACCAGAACUGAAGCCCGAUGCGAACGAUGAUGCUAGUACGGUGGAAUCAGCACCUCCACGAACUCCUUCCAGGCAUCUAAGCUCACCUUUGAAUAAACAGGCGAGUGAAUCCAUGCCUAUGAUACGGUACGCGACUCUGAGUGAAUCUCCCUCGUAUCCACAUACAAAUCGCCAGUCCGUAAAACAACCACCACGCUAUGCUCAGUCCGACAUGAUAUGA